AUGGGGCUUUGGCAACUGUUCGUUGUUGCACUGAUGCCAGUUGUGAAGGUGCUCCUGAUUACUGCAGUGGGCGUAUUUCUUGCAACUGAGCGCAUGGAUAUUUUGGGGACGGAUGCGCGGAAGCAUCUGAAUAGUCUUGUGUUUUAUGUCUUGAAUCCAGCACUUGUUGGUAGCAACUUGGCGAAAUUCAUAACAUUGAAAAGCAUAGUUAUGCUGUGGUUCAUGCCACUCAAUAUUCUUAUCACCUUUAUCGCUGGCUCGGUGCUUCGAUGGCUACUUAAAAAAAUUACAAAAGCUCCUAAUCACCUGCAGGGCCUCAUCUUGGGCUGUUGUGCUGCUGGGAAUCUGGGCAACAUGCCUCUCAUAAUCAUUCCAGCUGCCUGUGAAGAAAAAGGCAAUCCAUUUGGCGACGCCAGUAUCUGUAAAAUGCAUGGAUUGGCAUAUGCUACGCUCUCAUUGGCAAUUGGAUCCAUCUUCUUGUGGUCAUAUGUGUACAAUAUUGUGCGAAUAUAUUCAAGUACAGAUUCUGAUGAAACCAAACCGGAUGCCUUGCCAGAGGGUAUAGAGUCUGCCCGAGAAAUAACACCAGGGCCCAUGCUUUUCUUAAAAGAGCCCUCAAUCGAUGAGGGUAUGGAGAACUUUGAACUUGAUCGUGCAGUGUCAAAGGGGAAGGCGAAGGUGCCAUUUCCAGAAAACAUUAAGCAAGGAUUUCAAAAGGUUCUGAAGAAACUCAACCUGAAGAGAUUGCUUUCACCUUCAAUUAAUGGAGCGAUUGUUGGGUUUAUAGCCGGUACUAUCCCUCCCUUCCGAAAAGUGUUGAUCGGUGACAGUGCUCCUCUUCGUGUGGUUGAAGACUCUGCAUACUUUGUCGGGGAGUCAGCCAUUACAAUCACCACUUUGAUUGUAGGAGCAAAUCUUCUGAAGGGCUUCAGGGGGUCAAAGGUGCCGAUCUCAUUGAUUAUUGGUAUCACGGCAGUCCGUUAUAUAAUCUUUCCGAUAUUGGGAGUUGGUUUCAUUAAAUGUGCAGUCCAUUUUGGCGCGGUGAACUCAGAUCCUCUGUGCAAGUUUGUUCUGCUGCUUCAAUUUGCACUGCCUCCAGCAAUCAACAUAGGUUUUAACAUUCAUGCAAAGUUCAACCAUGAACUAGAAAUCGGUUUUUCGCAUGUUCCUUGUCCUGAUUUGGCAGGCACAAUGACCCAGUUGUUUGGAGCUGGCGAAGCCGAAUACUCGGUCAUCAUGCUAUGGACCUAUGCCUUGGCCUCAGUUUCGGUGAUGCUUUGGUCAGCAUUCUUCAUGUGGCUCGUCAAAUAACUAUCGCUUGCCUCUUGGAUCGCUUCCAACAUACACAAU